AUGGCAUUCCUGCAGCAGAUGCGUUCCCCUCGCCUCUCCUUUAUCCAGACAGUUGUGUCUCUCUUCCUGGGCAGCAUUGCCCUCAUGUCGUCCUACUGGUGCGUGGGAAAACAGAAGGUGCCCAAGCCGCUCUGUUCGCCCAUCAAGCACAGCAACUGCAUCCCUGUCCCCGGCGUCUCCAACUCCUCCAUCAUCCAUUUCUCCUGGGAGACGGGGGAUGACCGCUUUGUCUUCCCCACCUUUCACACUGGCCUGUUUGUCACCUGUGAGGAAAACGUCUACAAAGAUGCAUGGGAGGAGAAGUGUCGCGGGUUUUACACUUUGACUCCAGGAUCUGAAAAAGCCUCUUCUCCUCCUUCCACAGCAAUGAUGUGGCUGUCACUAUCACUGGAGCUCAUGUAUAUAGGUCUGCUGUUCAUCAGCUGCACACUGCUGUCCAUGCAGUUGUGUAUCAGGGCCUGGUUCCCCUCUACGCAACACUGGGGCCAGCUGCUCAAUGCUUUUGCUGCUGUCUUCACAGUCUUGGGAGGUCUGCUUGGAAUGGUGGGACACAUGAUGUUCAUGCAGGUGUUUCAGACCACUGCCUCAAUGGGACCGGAAGAUUUCAAACCUCACAGCUAUGGCUACUCCUGGGCAUUCUAUGUGGCCUGGUUUGCCUUUACUGUCUGCAUGUCAGCCGGUGUCUCCACUCUCAACAACUACACCAAGAAGGUCCUGAUGGUGGGACCCAGGCGUAACUCUGGACUCAACCCCUGCAGCUUUAACUUUAUUGGGCUCCUGCCACCAGCUCCUUGCUAUACCCCUCCAAACCCAUCCAUCAAAUUGGCCUGUCCGCUGCCCCCCCCCCGGAUCUCCCACCUGUCUCCCUACUAUGAGCCACCGUCAGCGACGUUACCACCCUCCACUCCGAGGCUCACACACUCCCACUCCCUUCCUCUCCCCCACUCUGACUCCUUCUCUCCUCCCCCCUCCCAUCCUGCGCCUGCAUCCCCGUUCCACCGCCUGUCCCUCCCCUCUCCAUUUCCAUCACCCACACCGUCUGUCUCUUUCCAACCGACCCUGCCGAGGCUCCAGCUGAACCAUUAUGAACCAGAGGAGGACUACAGCCCACUUUGA